CUGAGGAAAAUAGGAGGUGGAGGAUUCGGAGAAAUUUACGAUGCACUGGACUUGCUUACUCGGGAAAAUGUUGCACUGAAGGUCGAGUCAGCUCAGCAGCCAAAGCAAGUGCUGAAAAUGGAAGUAGCUGUGUUGAAGAAAUUGCAAGGAAAAGAUCACGUCUGUAGAUUCAUAGGAUGUGGAAGGAACGACAGAUUUAACUAUGUGGUCAUGCAGUUGCAGGGUCGGAACUUGGCAGAUCUGCGUCGGAGCCAGUCUCGAGGAACGUUCACCAUUGGUACCACUCUGCGGCUUGGAAAGCAGAUUUUGGAAUCUAUUGAAAGUAUUCAUUCUGUGGGGUUCCUGCACAGGGACAUAAAACCG